GGCGAGCCACCCCGGGCCUCAGUCUGCCCCAGGGGACCGCCAUGAACGGCACGGGGCCCCCGGCGGCGGCCCCCGAGUCCUGCCAGCAGCUGGCGGCCAGCGGGCACAGCCGCCUCAUCGUGCUGCACUACAACCACUCGGGCCGGCUGGCGGGGCGCGCCGGGCCCGACGAGGGGAGCCUGGGGGUGCUGCGCGGCGUCUUCGUGGCCGCCAGCUGCCUGGUGGUGCUGGAGAACCUGCUGGUGCUGGUGGCCAUCGCGACCCGCAUGCGCUCGCGGCGCUGGGUGUACUACUGCCUGGUCAACAUCACGCUGAGCGACCUGCUCACCGGCGUGGCCUACCUGGCCAACGUGCUGCUGUCGGGCGCGCGCACCUUCCACCUGGCGCCCGCCCAGUGGUUCCUGCGCGAGGGCCUGCUCUUCAUGGCGCUGGCCGCCUCCACCUUCAGCCUGCUCUUCACCGCCGGCGAGCGCUUCGCCACCAUGGUGCGGCCGGUGGCCGAGAGCGGGGCGAGCAAGCGCGGCCGGGUGUACGGCUUCAUCGGGCUGUGCUGGCUGCUGGCGGCGCUGCUGGGCCUGCUGCCGCUGCUCGGCUGGAACUGCGUGUGCGCCUUCCCGCGCUGCUCCAGCCUGCUGCCGCUCUACUCCAAGGCCUACAUCCUCUUCUGCGUGGGGGUCUUCGCCUGCAUCCUGGCCGCCAUCAUGGCGCUCUACGGGGCCAUCUUCCGCGUGGUGCGCGCCAACGGCCAGAAGGCCCCCCGGGCCCCCGCCCGCCGCAAGGCCCGCCGGCUGCUCAAGACGGUGCUCAUGAUCCUGCUGGCCUUCGUCGUGUGCUGGGGCCCGCUCUUCGGCCUGCUGCUGGCCGACGUGUUCAGCUCCACGGACUGGGCGCAGGAGUACCUGCGCGGCAUGGACUGGAUCCUGGCGCUGGCCGUGCUCAACUCGGCCGUGAACCCCCUCAUCUACUCCUUCCGCAGCCGCGAGGUGUGCCAGGCCGUGCUGGGCUUCCUCUGCUGCGGGUGUCUGCGGCUGGGGCUGCGGGGGCCCCGGGACUGCCUGGCCCAGGUCACCGAGGCCCAGUCCUCCACCACGGACAGCUCGCUGAGGCCGAGGGACAGCUUUCGGGGCUCCCGGUCGCUCAGCUUCCGGAUGCGAGAGCCCCUGACCAGCAUCUCCAGCGUGCGGAGCGUCUGAGCCACUGCGGGGGCCGACCCGGCUGUCCUGUCCCCCCUCGCCCCCCGCCGUGCAGGCCUCGGGCCGCGGGAGCCGGGAGCGCGCGGGGAGCGUGGGGCUCUGAGGGAGAGGCGGGGAGCCGGCGGCGAGCUGGGCGUGUGUCCC